AUGACUAAGUUGCUAGCGUAUAUAUUUUGCAUUUUAGCCCUAGCAGCGCUUAGCAAAUCAGAGCAACUGAAAACUGGUCCAAAAGCAAUUGAAGAAUCAGAUACAUCAUCAACAUCGCCCCAAAAGUUUGAUAAAAGAUAUACCACUCAAGAGUUUACAUUAUAUCUGACUGAAAAGGAAAUUAAGGAUUUGAAAAAUGGUAAGGUACCUGCAGUCUCUCAAGUUAGUCAAAAAUCAGGCUUACAAAACUAUAAUCAACAAGAAAGUUUGAAUGCUUAUAAUCAGUACAACAAAAUUAUCUCGCAAGAUGUAGAACCCAAAGUGGAACUUCUUGGACUUCGAUCACGUAACAGUCAACAGCAAAAACAGAAAGAAUUAAAUGAAUAUAAUAAAGCUAUCUCACAAAUUGAAGAAUCCCAGCCAGAAUUACGUGAACUUCUAUCACGUAAUAACCAAGAACAACAAGAACUGAAAGAAUACAAUGAAUAUAACAAAGCUAUCUCACAGAUUGAAGAAUCCCAGCCAGAAUUACGUGGACUUCUAUCACGUAACAAUCAAGAACAACAACAACUGAAAGAAUACAAUGAAUAUAACAAAGCUAUCUCACAAAUUGAAGAAUCCCAGCCCGAAUUCCGUGGACUUCUAUUACAAAACAAUCAAGAACAACAACAACUGAAAGAAUACAAUGAAUAUAACAAAGCUAUCUCAGAGAUUGAAGAAUCCCAGCCAGAAUUACGUGGACUUCUAUCACGUAACAAUCAAGAACAACAACAACUGAAAGAAUAUAAUGAAUAUAACAAAGCUAUCUCACAAAUUGAAGAAUCCCAGCCAGAAUUACGUGGACUUCUAUCACGUAACAAUCAAGAACAACAACAACUGAUAGAAUAUAAUGAAUAUAACAAAGCUAUCUCACAAAUUGAAGAAUCCCAGCCAGAACUUCGUGGAUUUUUAACACGUAAAAAUCAACAACAACAGGUUAAAGAAUAUAACGAAUAUAACAAAGCUCUUUCACAAAUUGAAGAAUCUCAGUCAAAACUUCUAUCAAAACCACAGGCAGAACUUCGUUCAAUUUUAUCGAAAGACAAUAAACAACAAGAAAAAUUGAAAACAUAUAAUCAAUACAACAAGAUUACCUCAAAAACUCAAGAACCCCAAAUAGAACUUAGAGGGCUUUUAUCACAUGACAAUCAACAACAACAACAACAACAACAAUUGCAAACAUAUAAUCAAUACAACAAGAUUUCUUUACAGGCUGAAGAACCCAAAGUAGAACUUCGUGGACUUUUAUCACAUGACAAUCAACAACAACAAUUAAAAACAUAUAAUCAAUACAAUAAGAUUCUCUCACAAGUUAAAGAACCCCAGGCGGAAAUACGUGAAGCUCUAUCACAAUAUUCAUUUUAUCCUAAAACAACUUUUGAAAACCAACAAAGUAAUUAUGAUUUUAUGAAUUUGUAUUCACAGCAAAAGUCAAAGGAGGAACAGGGACAAAAAUUAUUCACUGACAUUUUUAGAAAUGAACCGCAGAACAAAAUGAAUUCUCAAAAGGAAAAAAAAACACAACAAGAGGGUGUUUUACAAAACGGGUCUGAUUGGGUACCAUUUACUCCAGAACCUGCAAAGCAAGAAAAUGUCUUAUCGUAUGAACAGCUAAAACAACAAUGGGAAGGUAUUUUUGGUCAACAACGUUUUCAGCAAGAUUUAUCGAAUGUUCAAAAGGAAAACCAAAAAAACCAAAAAGAAAUAAGCACAGAAGAAAAUGGAGCUGAACAAAUACAAUCAAGUUCUAAAUCUGAACAAAAAACUGAAGUUGAAAAGCAAAUAGAAUCAAUCUUUAGACAGCAACAAGCCUUCGAAGAUGAAAGAAGAAGUGAUCAAGCAAAAGCCUUUAAUCAAAGGCCACCAAUAAUUAUCCAUAAAGAGGUUAGUGUAACGAGACACCUUCCCGUGCCCGUGGUAAGGAAAGUCAAAGUUGCAGUUCCUACACCAGUCCUAGUUCCUGUUCCUGAGCCUUACGAGGUUAAAAUACCACAUCCUUAUCCUGUACCUUCAGAAAUUGUCAAGCAUAUCCCUGUAGCGGUAGUCAAACACUAUUAA